GAUGACGCAGGAAUAUCCUGAGAAGAUGCUUCAAAACUCAGGCCGGAGCCAGCGUGUGUGCGGACUGCUGGCUGAGCCGAGGACGAGCCGAGCCUAGCAGGAUCAACUGCUCAGAGAAUAUUUUGAGCAGGUUCAGGAGCUUUCGAAGGAACUCUCAAUGCAGAAUUAAACACACACAUUUUGACAGAUUCGAUUCUUUAAAAGACAAAUACAGUUAUUUACCAUUAAGCCAUUUAGUCACAGCGGAGGACUUUCUGUUUGCAGCUACCAAGUGGAGCCAACUUGGGGAAAGAAACAUUUGAAGAACAUCUCUCCAGCACUUUGUCAUUUCUCUGAAGUGGGACUUGGAAAGUCCAUCAUGCUGUGUUUCAGCGCACUGUGUGUGUACUUUGUGAUGGUCCUGAGCCCAGUUAUGACAAACACCAUUACCGAGGAUAUACAGGUUUUGGUAUUUUUGCCACAAAAUAACUCCUACCUUUUUUCCUAUACAAGAGUCUCACCGGCGAUCCUUUACGCGCAGCAGAGGCUGCAGACAGCGGGAGGACAGUACUCCGGGUUCCACUUCAACAUCCAGUUUGAGAACUCCGACUGUGUCAAUGAUGCUCUGUUUAUGUUAGUGGACAGGGCGUGCGGGCAAAAGCCGGAUCUGAUUCUGGGUCCAGUGUGCGAGUACGAGGCGGCGGCGCUGGUGAGGCUGGCAUCCCACUGGAACAUCCCGGUGAUCACAGCAGGUGCCCUGGCCGCCGGGUUCAGCAACAAGAAAAGCGAAUUCUCCCACCUGACCCGCAUCGCUCCGUCCUACGUGAAAAUGGCAGAGACCUUCACAGCGAUGUUUGAGCACUUCACCUGGAAGACCGCACUGCUGGUCUACGAAGACGACAAGGAGGAGCGGAACUGUUACUUCACUCUGGAGGGAGUCUAUCAUCUGAUGGCUGACUUCAACAUUAAAACAUACGCUUUUUCCCAAGAGGAUCGCUUGGACACUGACGACAUCCUCCAAAACAUCUAUGAAACUGAAGUGGUGAUCAUGUGCAUGGGAGCAGACAAAAUACGAGAGAUCAUGCUGGCUGCACACAGACAACGGUUGACCAACAGCAAUUAUAUGUUCUUUAAUGUUGAACUCUUCAAUGCCUCUUCUUAUGGCAAUGGCUCGUGGAAGAGAGGAGAUAAAUAUGACAAUGAUGCGAGGCAAGCCUAUGCUUCUCUGAAAACUGUGACACUGCUCAGGACAGUCAAGCCAGAGUUUGAAAACUUCUCCAUGGAAAUGAACAAGUCCAUCAAAAAAGCUGGGUUUCAUGACUGCAAAGACUGCGGAAGUGUCAACAUGUUUGUUGAGGGAUUCCAUGAUGCCAUGUUGCUGUAUGCCAUCGCCUUGCAUGAAGCCAUGAAAAAUGGAUACAGUAAGAAGAACGGAACAGAGAUCACGUCACGCAUGUGGAACAGAACUUUUGAAGGAAUCGCUGGCCAGGUAUCGAUGGAUGUCAAUGGUGACAGAAACGGAGAUUUCUCUUUGAUGGCCAUGACCAAUGUUGAGGCAGGGACAUAUGAGGUGGUGGCCAACUACUUUGGUGUAAAUGGAACUUUUCAGCUGCUGCCUGCCUUCAACACUGACCAUUUCACUCUGAGAGGAAGAUAUAAAGCACACACAGAGAUACCGGACAAAUCAUGUGGACUAGGAGUAUCAGCUUUGACUGGAGUCAUAGUGGGAGCUGUUUUGGGAACUGCAAUGCUUAUAGCAUUCUACUUUUUCAGAAAAAACUACAGGAUUACCAUUGAGCGUCGCACACAUAGUGAAGAGUGCGACACUGGGAAGCACCGUCAAUUGCGACAGGACUCCAUCAGAUCAAACUUCUCAGCAGCAUAAUUGGCAGCAGCGGCAGUCCUUUCACAGAAAAUCACACAUCUGAAUGUGACCAAAGACUUUGCAAUGGUUGUCAAUGGAGCCAUGCUGUUAAAAAUGAGACAUUUUGUGUUUGUAUCCUUUAUGUUUGUAUCCUUUUAAUGUUUUGACUUAUUGUAACUCAGGACAGUUGUAACAGUCACAAAGCACCACUUAGUUGAAUUUUCAGUACACAGGUAUAUGAUUGUAUUGGUGAAUAGAAAGCUUUGGCCAUAAUAUUCUUUCUGGAUUUAAAAAAAAUGUAUUUAAUUUGUUCAUUUCUUUAAAAUAUUUAGAUGGUGGUUACCAUGACUGAAUGAUUCAGAACAGACAGUGUAUCUAACACUACAUUGGCAUGCACUAGUAGGGUGGGUGAGGUCUACUUUUGCCUUUCAGGUUGACAGGACAAAUGGAGGCCCUAUGUUUAAGGGUGCUAAACAAUAAUAGCAGAGCAAAACUUUGAGGAAAUGAGACUGAGACUGAAACGGGAUAUAGGCUAGGUCUAUAUCUAUAGGCUAUAAGCUACUGAUAUUAAGCUACUGAUAUUGUAAGGUUUUCAUCUCACCAUAACCUUGCUGAGAUCCAGAAGCCUUUAUACAAAUCUAAUUCCUAAUCCGUAACUGAGCACAGAAAACACUAAACACACACUAAAAUGAGAAACACUGGGUCACAUAUCAUCUUGAAAGUUCAUCUCUUCUACGCCUUUAGAUUGCCAUAUUUCCUUUUUAAAUUUGUCUAUUUAAUAAAUUCACUUGCACACUGCAUAAGUAAUUGUGGUACUACUUUCUGAUACUAAAAAAAAAAAGCAUGAUUUUUUUAAUGGUUAAUAAAUUAAUUACUAAUGCUUUAUAGAUCAGUAAUAAGCCAGUAAUAAGAACAACUUGGGUUGGGUCAUGGUCGGUUUGGCUGUACAUCUAAUUGUCUGCCCAAUGAAUUUAAGGAAAACUAUGAUUUAUUACAACUCAGGUUUUAUUUUUCAUCUCUUUCCUUUGGUUCAGUCAGUCAGUUAUGAUCAUCUGACCUGUCUGAUCUUCUGAGCACUCAACUUUGUUGCCGUGUUAGCAAAACAACUGUUCUGGAAUUUUUUCAUAAACAAUCGAACAAAUGGCCAAAGAUGCAAAAAAGUAGUAAAAAAAACAACAACAAAUGAUUAGAAAAAACAUUUUUCCUUUUAUAGACCUAGCUAAAUACAUAAAGCAAUUUUCCUGCUGGAGGAUAAACACAAACAUUGUUUUUAUUAAUGGCUUAUCACUGAUGCAUUCAUUAUUAAAUUAUUUUAUAAAAAGACAUAAGUUCCAUAUUAUAAAGUCCUUAUCAGAAAGUGGAACUGAAAUCAUUAUUGUGAUAUUCAUGAUAGAUAAUUAUAUUUCUGUUUAUAAAGGUAGUAUGAGAUCCUUUCCAUAAACAGUAGUGACUGCAUGGAGAACAAAAUGUGUAGGCCAGGGCAUCUCUGCAGCACCACACUACUUACAUUAUAAUGCUGUUUUGUCACACAUUUUACCUUUAUCAAAAAAUACUUCGGUGAUUUGGAUAUUGCACUUGGCCAUAUUGCGAUUUUGAUAAUGUUUUGAUUAAUUGUGCAACCCUAUUUUUUUAGUUAACUCUGUCAUUUGGGUUGCAUUACUCAUUCAGAAUUUAAAGACAAGGUUGUUAUAGAAACAAAAUAAAGACAGUGUACUUGGUAAAGAACCUUCCUAGCCUGUUGGUUCAGUUUGUGUGUUGGAGAAAAUAUUCUGAGGUAAAAACAUUUCUAGAGCACCACAUUAUUUUUUUUUAUUUAAAGCUCUGUAUAGUAUUAAUAUAAUGACUUUUGGUAUCGAGUAGGGUAUAGUGACUUAACGGUGACCGUAAUGUAUUUAAAUUAUUAUGUUAUUUAUAAGAUCAAUAUUUUAAAAUAUUUUUCUCACAGUAUUGAAUUUAUAGUGAUUUUAUUAAACUUAAUCCUAUUUG